AUGCUGGAUAGCCAAAACUAUUGGCAUGGCUAUGGAGAUCCCCCAAAAUCGAUUCAAGAUCAACAAGCCGGUGACUUUAAGCACAAUACCGAUUCUGAAGGUUCCAUCGGUGGUGUUGCAUAUCUUCUCAAAGGCAAUAAGCUUAAGUGGAUUAUUGCUUGGAGCAAUGCUGAAAAUGAGCCUAACAAGGUCUAUACUGAGAUCAUUGAAGGCAGCCAACCUAUUGAUUGGUUUCAAAUCAAAGCCAGUCUUGGCAAAUCUGGGAACCAAAGCAGCGACGAUAAUAAAUUCGGAAACUUGUCUGAGGCUGUCUUCGAUCAAACCGGUCCUACGCCAACAUUGCUGGCAACACUCAGGCCAGCUGCUUAA